CCGCUUCCACAUCGUCUCGCCCAUGCUGGAGAGCGUGGCCUUGUCCAAGGCGGCGGGCACCAAGGUCUACAUGAAGCUGGAGAACGUGCAGCCCACGGGCUCCUUCAAGAUCCGCGGCAUCGGCUACAUGUGCCAGGAGGUGAGCGCGGGGCGGGCGCACGGGGNCCUCUCUUGUGCAGGGGGCAACGCAGGGCUGGCCACGGCCUACGCGGCCAGGAAGCUGGGGCUGCCGGCCACCGUGGUGGUGCCGAGCAGCGCGGGCCCCAUGACGGUGCGGAAGCUGCAUGAGCUGGGUGCCCACGUGGAGGUCAGCGGAAAGGUAUGGGAUGAUGCCCACGAGAGAGCCGAGGAGCUGGCCAAGACCGAGGGCUUUGUGAGCAUCCACCCCUUUGACCACCCACUGAUCUGGCAGGGCCACCCCAGCCUCGUGCGGGAGCUGCGGGACACGCUGACGUGGGGGGCCCACAGCCUGCACGCCGCGCUGGAGGCCGGGCGCCUCGUCUCGCUGCCCGACAUCACCAGCGUGGCCAAGUGCCUGGGCGCCAAGACGGUGUCCGCGCGGGCGCUGCAGUGCGCGCAGGAGCUGCGCGUCAUCUCGCAGGUGGUGGAGAACGCCGAGGCCGUGCAGGCCAUAGAGCAGUUCCUGGUAUCCUCGUCAUGA